AUGGACGAUACCAAUACCAACAAUUCGUCGACGUCAACAAUAACUGCAAAAAUUGCCUCAAGUAAAUUCAGGCUGGCUAGAAUCGAAAUCAGCCGGUCUAUGGAGUUCUUACAGUCACAGAUAGAAAGAGGGACCCAUAUUAGUUCUUUGAAGACUUUGGCGCAGAAAACAGAAGACCGAUUAGAACAAAUGAAAGUAAUAGCAACCGAAGUGUUCGCAAAUGGAUCUUCGGAAGAGAACGACGACGCUAUGGAGAUAUGUGCAUGUCUUUCACGACAACUUAUAGAGCUAACCCACAACGUCAACACUCUAGGCGAAGACUUAACCAGCUGUUCUGGUUCUAAUACAAUAAACGUAAACAAAUCGACGCCUGUAUCCCGGCGAAACCCCUUCGUCAAGGACACUUAUGCCGAAAAUCACUUCACUCAGCCCUCUAGCAACCGCGUGAACAAUUCAUCUGAUGGAGAGCCAAUUAACUUACAGAACGACAUGCUACUUCACCAACACUCAACCACCGACGUACCGCAAAUAUCUUUGAACCACUCUGCAAACGAAUCAUUGUCUAGAGAGUUGACCUCUCUAAGUUCUCAGUCAAGAGAAGAAAGCUUGGAACAAAAAAGGUUUACAGGAUAUGAACAAACUAUUCAACCAACGAAUCAACUACUACUAACAUCAGUACACCAAGCAUUGCCAGACAACUUACAUUUGAAUCGAAGCCAUGAUUCGUUUCAGUUUUCAGCUCCAGCAGUCCAUGCAAAUCUCCACGAAAAAUUUUCAUUGGAAUCUUCAUUUGCUUAUUCCAAUCGUCAGCAACCAGGAAACGCUAUACAAACAUCAACUUCAAAGGAAAAUAAUUUCCAUCUAACUCAUCAGAAAAAUUUAGAGCAGUAUACAUCUCCCCCUACUGUCAUACAAGCGAAUCGGAACCCGUUUGCUCAAAGUCACUCGGUUGAACAGUUUCAAAGAACUUUGGAUUUGAACAACCAAGUAGUGGAUAGUCAUGGGUUUGAUAAAAAUCAAUUAAACAUUCUACAUGCACAUCAUUGUCAUGAACCGGUUUUCAACAACCCGAUAUCAACACACUGCGAACAGAAUAGAGACGCGCUUAAAGAAAAUCAUUCAGGAUACCUCAUUCAUCCUAACUACAACCAAAUUCCACCGCAUCUGCUUGUGCAAAACCAUCCCUACAACCAGAUAACGGAUACUCACGUUGGUAAUAGCUACCAAACAAACAAUCUUCCUACGCAACAUCAUCUUGAUCAGCUACCUAACUACGACGGAGACCCGAUGGCUUACCACGACUGGAUAAACAUGUUCCAGGCUACAGUUGAUAGGAAUCAUACAAUUAGUGACACUCACCGGAUGACUUAUCUACAGGAUUCGGUGUCAGGAAAAGCAAAAGCACUCAUCAAAGG